AUGGCCAUCAACGACACAAUCGACUUCGAGCUCUUCCGGUACUCCCCAAGCCAAGCAGCAGCCGGCCUAUUCGCGGCUCUGUUUCUAGCCACAACAGCCGUCCACAUCCACCAGCUCGUGAAAUCCCGACCUCGAGCAUGGUACUUCACCCCCUUCGUUAUCGGAGGACUCUUCCAAAUAACCGGCUACACCAUCCGCAUCCCCACGCACACCAACCCCGAGUCCGUCCCCCUCUUCGCCACCCAAGGCAUCCUGAUCCUCCUCGCGCCCCCGCUCUACGCAGCAACAAUAUACAUGGUCCUGGGACGUCCCAUCACGUUCCUGAACUCCGAGCAUCUCUCCCUCAUACCCGUAAAAUGGACGACGAAGGUGUUUGUGACUGGUGAUAUCCUCGCUUUCCUAAUGCAAGUCGCAGGCGCGGGGAUCAUGUCCGCUGGGUCCAACUCGGUGGAUAGCUAUAAAACAGGCGAGAACGUCACCGUCGCGGGACUGGGUGUGCAGCUGGCGUUUUUCGGCUUCUUCACGGUGACUUGUGUCGUGUUUCAUCGUCGCAUGCGGAGGAACUCCACCGCUACGGCGGGCGCGGAAGAGAAGCCAAACGGAACUCUCCGGGGACAGAGCUGGGAGAGUGUUCUGCUGGCCCUGUACACCGUCAGCGGGCUUAUCCUUGUGCGGUCUGUCUUCCGGCUUGUCGAGUAUAUUCAGGGGAAUGAUGGGUAUCUUAUCAGUCAUGAGGUGUUUAUGUAUGUGUUUGACGCGGCGUUGAUGUUUCUGGUCAUGGUUGUGAUGAAUGUGUGGCAUCCGUCUGGGGUGCUUGGAGGAAGUUGGAUGGGGAGGAAGGGGGAUGCUGAGAGCUUGGAGCUGGACUCAUCGUUGAGGGAGUUGCAGGCCCAGUCCCAGUCAUAG